UAUAACCAGAAUUGGACUGUCAUUAAGAUGUAUCGAUUGUGUGUUCUUAUAUUUUUUAUCUAUUUAAAUAAUUUUAUUGCAUCUCCUGUGCAAUCAGAUAUAGAGCAAAAGUUUUUGGAAUAUGAGAUCGUUCCUGAUGUUUUAUCUGUGGCACCCACGGAUUAUUUGGCCGUGACAUUCCCGAGUGGUGCUGAAGUGCAUAAUGGCAACGUGUUGACUCCUACCCUGGUGAAGGACCUUCCCACACUCUCAUGGAAUGCGAACCCUGACAGCUUCUAUACAGUCGCGAACGUUGAUCCUGAUGUACCUUCUCACGCUGAACCAACACAGGGUCAGGUCGUCCAUUGGUUGGCAGGCAACGUGCCAGGAGAUGACAUCCUAGCAGGAGACCAGCUCAUGGAGUACUUUGGAGCUGGACCAGGGAAGGACAGUGGACUGCAUCGCUAUGUGCUCUUAGUGUACCAACAACCAGCUAAACUGGACUUUGACGAGCCUAGGAUGUCUAAUUUGACAGCCGAAAAUCGUUACUACUUCUCGAUUGCCGACUUUGCCAAGAAGUACGACUUAGGAGAUCCCAUUGCGGGCAAUUUCUACCGAGCUGAGUAUGACGACUACGUUCCGAUAUUGUACGAACAACUCGGCGUUUGAAUGAAGAACAUCAGAACAUCUAUCUAUCAAAGACUAACAUUUUGUGAACUGGAGAUGUUGUUUAGGCUUGUCACUUAAUUUUAGUAUCUAUAAAUAAAAAUAUACAGUUAAUAAUG